AUGCUGGGUGUUUUGUGGCUGGCGGGCUGCUCGGCGCUGCUGGCUGUGACGGCCGGGUUCGACGCGGAGAGAUGCAGGAAUUUAUCGGUCACGUUAAACGUCGUGCUUCUGGAAGACGAAGAGUCAAUGUGGAGCUUAAAGUAUGUCCGCUUCGCCGUGAAAAAAGCCGUCGAGGAGCAAAAUAUAAUUAAUAACCAAACAGGCCUGAACUUCAUGAUCAACAUCAGCUUCAACGGGUUUAACACCACAUUUUACAGACGCCAAGGGUGUGGGAGCAGCGCGUGUGAAGGAGUGGAGAUCCUCAAAACACUCCACACCCAAAAUGAAAUCGGCUGUGUGAUGCUUGGACCAUCCUGUACGUAUGCCACGUUCCAGCUGGUGGAUGAGGAGGUGGGUUUUACUUUGAGCAGAUCUUUAAUAUCUGCGGGGAGUUUUGGCCUGUCCUGUGACCACAAGAAAAAACUGACUCGUCUGCUGCCUCCGGCUCGGAAAGUCGCCAGCUUCUUUAUUCACUUCUGGAAUGUGACGGUGCCCAGACUCAAGCCCAAGCCCUGGAAGACGGCUUAUGUCUACAAACAACAGAGAAUCUCUGAGGAGUGCUUUUGGUACAUUAACGCACUAGAAGCAGCGACGGCUCAGUUUUCCAAUUCUGUCAAAAGGAAGGUGCUGCGCAGUCAAACAGAAGUUGCUGACGCUAUAUCAGACAAGAAGAGACACAGCAACAUUUUCAUCCUGUGCGGAGGCCCAGAAGAAAUCGCUGUGAUUAAAAACGUAACGACUGUGAACAAGGAGAUCGGUUUCAUCCUUAUAGAUAUUUUUAAUCAUGGAUAUCACAUGAACACAUCAUCAUAUGAGUUUAUGAGGGACGUAUUGGUGCUGACCAUGAACAACGUACGGAACUACAGUCUGCCCGAAUGGCCCUACGGUCCCACUACGCUGAACGAUUAUGUUGCAGGUUAUUAUGACGGCGUGGUUCUCUUCAGUGAAGUGAUGAGGGAGAUGUUAAGCACGAAUCACGGCCCGGAUUCAGGAAACGCCAUCACCAGCAGUGAAAACCCUUUCCGAAACCGGUCCUUUGUGGGAUUGGGCGGACGCUAUGAUUUGGAUGAAAACGGAGACAGAAAUGUGAAUUUUUCACUGAUGUACACAAGCAGCAGGACUCAGUACAAGACAUUGUUUGUGUUCGACACCUCCAACAAUAAGAUCACACUGAACGACAAUAACCCUGACCUGCCCUGGGCUGGCUCCCGACUUCCUGAAGACAAAUCUGCAAACGGCCUGGAGACCCAUGAUAUCAUCAUGAUUGUGCUUGGAAUCAGCGUCAUACUGGCUACCGCUAUUGCUUUGAUCUUCUACAGACAGAACCGGAAGCAGCGCUCCAAUCAGAAGAAAUGGUCUCAUAUCAACUCCAAUCUCAUCACGCCCCUCGACAGCAAAGAGUCAAACCAAAUCUCUCUCAAAAUCGAUGAGGAUAAGAGGAGAGACAGCACCUAUCAGAUACGGAGAGGACGCUAUGACAAAAAGCCUGUCAUUCUCAAAGAACUGAGACAUACUGAUGGAAAUUUCUUGGAGGACCAGCGCAUUGAACUGAAUGCUCUGCUGCAGAUCGAUUACUAUAACCUCACAAAGUUCUACGGCACGGUGAAGUUCGAGUACGGAGUGUUUGGCGUGUUUGAGUACUGCGAGCGAGGUUCUCUGAGGUAUGUCCUCAACGAUAAGAUCUCGUACCCAGAGGAGAGCUUCAUGGACCUGGAGUUUAAAAUCUCUGUCAUGUAUGACAUUGCAAAGGGAAUGUCUUACCUGCACUCCAGUAAUUUACGGACACACGGGAGGCUCAAAUCCACCAACUGUGUCGUGGACAACCGGAUGGUGGUGAAAAUCACAGACUUUGGCUGCAAUACUAUUCUAACCCCAGGGAAAGACCUGUGGACUGCUCCUGAACACCUGCGCUUGCUGGGGAGCUCUCAGAAAGGAGACAUCUACAGUUUUGCUAUCAUAGCUCAUGAGAUCAUUCUGAGAGAGUGUCCUUUCUACACUGAGAGCUGCUCCGAUGUGGCAGAGAAACUGUACCGAGUCCAGUGUCCUUCUGGAUCUAGUUUCUUCAGACCUGACUUAAACUUUGAGAAUGCCGGAGAGAAAGAAGUGGAGCUGUACGUCCUGAUUAAGAACUGUUGGGAUGAGGAUCCGGAAAAGAGGCCGGACUUUAAGAAGAUAGAGAACUCUUUGGGGAAGAUCUUCAGUAACCUGCAUGACCAAACCAAUGCUAGCUACAUGGACAAUCUGAUCCGACGGCUGCAGAUGUACUCGCGCAACCUGGAGCAUCUGGUGGAGGAGAGAACCGCACUGUACAAGGCAGAGAGAGACCGAGCUGACCAACUCAACUUCAUGCUGCUGCCUGGGCCUGUGGUGCGCUCCCUGAAGGAGACGGGUCGUGUGGAGCCAGAGUUGUUUGAUGAGGUCACCGUUUACUUUAGCGAUAUUGUGGGAUUCACCACGCUCUGCCACUACAGCACGCCCAUGGAGGUGGUGGACAUGCUCAAUGAUAUGUACAAAAGCUUCGACAGUAUCCUCGACAGCCAUGACGUCUAUAAGGUGGAGACCAUCGGUGAUGCGUAUAUGGUGGCGUCUGGUUUGCCCCGGCGGAACGGAAACAGACAUGCGGUGGACAUCUGUCUCAUGGCUCUGGAUAUUUUGACAUUCAUGGGAACAUUUCAGCUCCGUCACCUACCAGGAAUACCGCUGUGGAUCCGUAUCGGCGUCCACUCAGGACCCUGUGCAGCAGGUGUUGUGGGGAAUAAAAUGCCACGGUACUGUUUAUUUGGAGACACGGUGAACACUGCUUCACGAAUGGAGUCAACUGGACUACCUCUGAGGAUCCACGUGAGCCAGUCCACAAUUAACAUCUUACAGAGGACAGACUGUGAGUUCGAGUAUGAGACAAGAGGAGAGACCUUCCUCAAGGGUAAAGGAAAGGAGAUGACAUACUGGCUGAAAGGUGUAACAGGAACAAACUACAACCUUCCCACUCCACCAACAGCAGAGAACUUCCAGCGCCUGCAGCAGGACUUGGCUGAGCUGAUCAUCUCCAUGCUCGAUAAACGAGGGAAUGAGAAAAGAAAGACUCUCUCCACACGCCAACGCGGGAACCAGAGACACGGCAGCGACAGCUUCCCCGAGUACCUGCACCUGACUGACCCCAGCACUUACCUGUAGCUCA